AUGUCCGAAGUCCACGAGAAGGGUCUCGGGUCAGAUAUCUUACCUACAGAUGUCACCUCAACAGAUGGCUCGAUAACAUCCCCAUCUUCACAUCGAAACGCCAAUGUCGAAGUUCCGCUCAGAUCAUGGGAGAAGCCCGGACUCAAAGUUUCUUUCCGUCAUUUCUUGAGGAGUAUUCAAGGUUACGUCUGGGACGAUCCAGACAAACCAGCCAUCGAAAAACGGUUCCUCCUCAAACUCGAUUUCUUCCUCCUUACCUACGGCUGUCUUGGAUACUUCUGCAAGAACCUCGAUCAAGCCAAUCUGAACAAUGCCUAUGUUUCGGGCAUGCAAGAAGCGAUCAAUAUGAAAGGUAGUCAACUGACAUAUAUGGGAAAUGUCUUUACUGCUGGCUAUGUCAUAAGUCAAAUCCCUGCCGUCAUCCUAGUUACGCAUGUUCGACCGUCGAUUUUGAUUCCUACACUUGAGGUUCUCUGGUCUAUCUUUACAUUCUGUAGUGCGGCCGUUACUAAUGUAUCGCAAUUGUACGCGCUGCGAUUUCUCAUCGGACUUUGUGAGGGGGCUUUCUUUCCUUGCAUCAUUUAUGUGAUUGGUUCGUGGUAUACGAAACAAGAGCGAGCGAAGCGUGUAACAUUAUUUUACUGUACCGCAACUCUAGCCACGAUGUUCAGUGGCUAUCUUCAAGAAGCAGCUUAUGACAAUUUAAGCGGGCAUCUGGGCCAUGCUGGAUGGCAAUGGCUAUUCAUCAUAUGUGGUACCAUCAGUCUUCCGGUCGGCGUCAUUGGAUAUUUUUUCAAUCCCGAUUUCCCUGAAACCACUCGAGCUUUCUAUCUGACGAAAGCUGAGAUCAAAUUAGCCAAAGAAAGACUUGUUCGCGAUGGUUACAAUACACUAGGAUCAUCAGCGUGGGACAAGAAAAAGCUUUUUCGAAUGAUGGAGCAAUGGCAGUUUUGGGUCCUACCAUUCGGUUAUUUCUUCAUCCAAGCGAGUCUUCCGUCCCAACAACCUGCAUUUGCCUUAUGGUUGAAAGCUAAAGGCAACUCAGUCUAUGAUAGAGAUGUCCUCCCAACAGCUCAAGCUGGCAUCGGUGUAAUUGUUCAAGUUGUAGCCGCCACGAUCUCAGAUUCUAACCUCUUGCACGGAAAACGUUGGCCACCAAUACUAGUAAUGCAACUUGGAACAUUCUUCAGCACAGUCGUGCUAGCUAUCUGGACUGUACCCAUCAAGCUGAAGUUCGUUGCAUUUUAUAUUGCAUAUUUCUCAGCCGGUGUGCCGGGAAUUUGGUUUUCUUGGUAUCCAGAUCUGAUGUCUCAUGAUCAUGAGAUGAGGGGAUUUCUGAUCGCAACAAGUAAUAUGUUUGGAUAUAUUAUGCAGAUAUGGUACUCGGAUGCGGUAUGGAGAACGGAAGAAGCGCCUGAGUUUCGUCCGGGUUGGAUUGCUGCAGCGACUUUUGGAGCGGCGACUGCUUUGACAGCGUUAUUGACGAGAUUUCUUGAGAGGAGAGAUGAGAGGAAAGGAAUUGGAGCUUUUGGGAUUAGAUCGAAUGACCUGGUAAACUCGAGAGGUGGAGGCUCGAUAGGAAUAUCAUAA